AUGACUAUUGAAGCUAUAAAGAGGAGUUCAGGAGAUAUGUCAAAAUGCGAAAUGUUUCUCGUACUGCUGGCAUUCUUCUUAGCUACUGUCAACACUGAGGGAGGGUUCCUGAAAAAGCUGCCUCCAAGGAUGAUGGAAACGUUCAAGUACUUCCAUAGGCGACCAUUCAGAAACAGCGAUGACGAAAGAUUGAAACUCCAAGGCAAGGUGCUUCUAACCUCUCAGCAGUCUCUCAAAGCAAAUGGAACAGUCACCGCUCUCCCCUUAGGUAUAUUCUACGGAUGCGGCGGCUUUUACACCAAAUUCAAAGGAAUGGCUCUUGUGCUGCAGAUUGCGUGUGUCUACAACUAG